UAACACCUUAGCUGCUACGCGGCCACUAAACUUCACGUCGUGAAAAUUAUUUCCAGAGGGAGAUGAAUAACGGAUUAACAAUAAAGCAGAAUUAUAACCCAGUGUUUCUGUACGUAACUGAUUACCCUCAUUGGAUUUAACCCUUUGUUUCUUUUGGUUUUUCAUUGUUGCUGUAAUUCUAUUAAGCAAGUGUUCAUUUAUUCUGUGGCAGACAUAAGUGAGAGUUAUUGAGACGUAUUAAUUUGUGAGAAUCGUGUGGGUAAUUUGGAAAUGGGAGAUAUGGCAUGUAAUGCUACGAACGUACGAUCAACUGUCGCCGGCCGUCGGACGCUUUAAAGAGGGUGUAAAAUUUUCUUCAUCUACUCGACAGAGAAUCAUGGUUCGAUAAUAAUUUACGAAGGAUUUACUAGGGAAGACCUUGAGAGAAUGAAUCUCAGGUAAACGUAAUACUGCCACUGGAUUUUCUACUCAUGAAAUGAACAAAUCAAAAUCUGGAACAGUAUUUUUGUGUGACACAGUCACACAGCUUGCAGCGUGACAAUUGAUAAACAAAGUGAACCCAAUAAAUUAGUGAUAAAGUGGAUUGUAAAUAGAGAUGACAAUGUGCAGUUAACAAAUGAAUUGGUUAUAUUAAAAUAUUGAAGAAAAAAAAAUACCUGAAAGAUGUCGAAUUUGUUGACGUCAAGAUCAGGGCGUAUUUUCAAAAAAGAAAUUUAUCUACUUCCUCCAAUAUCGCGAGAACGCUCGAAAAGACCAUCGUAAGCAUGCUAAUUGACAUCUAGUUGACAGUUAAAACCUCCACAGCGAAAUUCGAAACUAAAACGAAUAGCUCCAAAAAUACUUAAUACAACUAUUUCCAAGAAAGAUCCAACGAAUAAGAAUUAAAGGAGAAACAUCUCUGAGAUAAAGAGGAAAAAUUGGAGGUUAUUGAGUCACUCGAAGAGUAAUCAACUCCAUUAAAAAAAACUGAAGCUAAUCUCGAUGAGAUUCGAACAAGACACGUCGUGCAGGGGUACCCACUGCGCCAGUACACCAUUACAGGCACCGCAGCGUAUUCACCCAAAGAUAGAAUUAGAAACAUCAGCUGAAGAGGUGUCAGCCGAUUAUACUGGUAUCCUAAAUCGCGAUAAACAUACUGAUAAAACUUAUUACGAUUGCUAUAGUGACAAAUUUGAAUUUUUGAAUAACGAUACAGUUGAGGGUGGAAAAACGGGUCACAGAGGGGUGACGGGGGGGCCUGGGAUGGCGUACCCCGCACCAGCAGGGCCAACAAUUAAUCCACACUCGCCAUUUUCAACGAUAAGUAAUUCGGCGAGUCAGGGUAACGGGCAUAUUGCAACGAGUCAUUUACCGGCACCGGCGGCACCGAGGCCAACUGAUUUUAGUGUAUCUUCGUUAUUAACGGCUGCCAAUACACAUUCGUCACAUUUGGGAGGAUCAUCAUCACAGGAUAGUGCAUCACCACCCCCCGGUGGACCUGGUAGUCCAGCUGCUGCCCCUGAAACACCACCACCGCAUAGUAAUCAAAGGGACUUAUCGCACAAUUCAGCGGAAGCCGCGGCUGCUAAUUAUUUUAACGCUUUGGCGGCUGCGGGAUUCUGUAAUCCAGGGGCACAAUUUCCACCCAACAAUUCACCUAACGCACAUCAUUUAGCGGCUAAAGGGCUGAUCGGGAGCCCUCAUCAUCAUCCACAGUUUAAUCUUCACGGGCUUACGUCUCAAGGUCUUGGACUCGGUCCUCACACGCCUGAGGAAGCAAACGCUGCCGUCCUGGCAGCCGCAGCAGCAGCUCUACAUCACCACCAUCAGGGUGGGCCAGGUGGACCAACCAUGAGGCCACUGAGGUUGCCACUGCCACCGGGCAUGAUGCACUCAUCACCACUACCUCUGGCACCCCAUCAUCCACUGGCUGCACCCCAUCAUCUCGUACCACCUCAUCCUCCCGAGGAUGAUGGUGUUGUUGAUGAUCCCAAGGUUACCCUUGAGGGUAAAGAGCUCUGGGAAAAAUUCCACAAACUUGGAACCGAAAUGGUCAUCACUAAGAGCGGCCGGCAGAUGUUUCCUCAGAUGAAGUUCCGAGUUUCCGGCCUGGACGCCAAGGCCAAGUACAUACUACUCUUGGACAUCGUGGCCGCCGAUGACUACAGAUAUAAAUUUCACAACAGUAGAUGGAUGGUAGCUGGUAAAGCGGAUCCCGAAAUGCCCAAGAGAAUGUACAUACACCCAGAUUCGCCGAGCAGCGGUGAACAGUGGAUGCAGAAAGUAGUCAGCUUUCAUAAGCUCAAACUGACUAACAACAUGAGCGACAAGCACGGCUAUGUAAGUACUACGAUAUUGAAUUCGAUGCACAAGUAUCAGCCAAGGUUUCACCUCGUUCGAGCAAAUGAUGUACUUGCGUUGCCGUACUCAACAUUCAGAAGUUACGUAUUCAAGGAAACGGAAUUCAUAGCCGUAACAGCCUACCAGAACGAAAAAAUAACGCAACUGAAAAUUGACAACAAUCCCUUCGCCAAAGGAUUUCGAGACACGGGUGCGGGAAAACGAGAGAAAAAAAGACAGGCGCUGUUGACCGUAUCAGGAAGUGGUUCUCGCUUGACUUCAGGUGCACCAGCAUCACCAGAUAAACGCAGGUCGUCAAACUCGGUGAAUGAUAUGCUGGAUGAUGAGGACAAACUGCUGGACGUUGUGGGGCCUGAUACCCCGCACCCUGCCCAUCAUCGUGAGCGCUCGAGGGAAAGAGAUGAUAGAACGAGUGAGCGUGAAGGUAGUGAGUCGUCGGGAUCGGAAAGUGGAGGAGUAGCUGGUCCAGGCUCAGAGGGUCCGAGGACUGACAUUUCAGUAGGCCCCCCCGUUCUGCAUCCACCUUUGCUACCAUAUUUCUAUCCCUCCGUACCGGGGUUAUAUCCUGGACCAGGACCUCUUAUACCUCCGAAUCCACUGGGACUUCACAGUGGAGUGACUCCUAGUAUGUUGCUCAAUGCUCAAUUGGCAUUGGCAGCCUCCCAACAUCCAGCAUUAUUCGGUCAUUAUCCUCACCCUCUUUCAAGUCCCCUUCAUCAACUCAAGGGGCACAGGUUUGCUCCCUACGCACUACCAGCGCCAUCUCACGGAUCAGCGUUCGAAACCGUGACACCUGGGAGCAGAACCUUGAGUCCCAGGUCACCACCUCCAAGACCUCCAACAGGAUCUCCGACUCCCGGGAGUGGAGCUUCAUUAACAUCAAACACUGGAAUCUCAGCUGGAGAGCUGAAAUCUAUUGAGAACAUGGUGAAUGGUCUGCAAGAGAGGCGUAAUGUUAAGAGGAGGAGGAGUCCGAGCUUAACUCCUGGACAUAGAAACGAGGCGGAUGGUGGGGGUGGGAGUCCGUGACAAGAGAACGAGCCUGUGAGUAGUACCAAGAUCGAUCCUGAAGAUGAGGAUCUCGAUGUUACGAGUGGCGAUGGUUCCACCGAGGAAAUUGAACUGGAGCCUGACUCGACCUCGGAACCAUCGUAGCCGAUAGCUCGAGAUUUAUGGACUCCACUAUAUUAAGAAUCCAACGAAUGAUGUCGAAAACUAUUAUCAAAGUGCAAUUUGACGAGAGAAGUGAUGGUUAGGAUAAAAUCGACCUUUAAAAAAUGUCGAUUUCAAUACUGAGAAGGAAACAAAUUUUAGAUUGAAAAAUUCUCAAAGUUCGCGUGUGACGUGUGUACAUAGUUUUAAUUAAGUGCCUGGAAUGAUAUUUUUCCAGGACUCAAAAAUUAAGUUUCCAUUCGAUGGCACUGCAAUUUUUGGUUUUGUACUCUGCUAAAUGUCUCUUCAAUGUGAAAAACACCUAGCAGAGUUUGAUACCUGAAUUGCUACCACCUCUGUAUAUUUUAAUUUUCUAUAAUUUUUCGUCAACAAACAAAAAGCGAUGGUGAAUUAUGCCUUAUAUUGCCUACGACUUGCGUUUAUGAAAAUAAGGACAAACAAAACAAGGCUUAAGGAGGAAUUUACGUCAUUCAUUAUUAAUUAUUGCAAUAUGUAAGAGUAAAGAGAGGAGAUAAAAACUGAGAAAAAAAAACAAUUAAGAUUAUAAUGUGAGUACUCUUGACUCUAUGCAGCUCCCCCUUCCCUCCCCAUGAAUUGUACAUAUGUACCCUAGUGAUAUAUAUAUAUAUA